AUACGAUUAUGAAACUCGGUAUGCGUUUGUUGGUGAUUAUUCUGGACAGAUCACUCUCCUGAAGCUUGAGCAGAAUACAUGCUCGGUUAUCACAACUCUCAAAGGGCAUGAAGGAAGUAUUACUUCCCUGUGGUGGGAUCCUGUUCAACGCCUGCUCUUCUCCGGUGCCUCUGAUCACAGCAUCAUCAUGUGGGAUAUUGGUGGAAGAAAGGGGCGAACGCUGCUGCUCCAAGGACAUCAUGACAAGGUGCAGGCUAUCUGUUACAUCCAGCUGACGAGGCAGCUGGUAUCUUGUUCAGCUGAUGGGGGAAUUGCUGUUUGGAACAUGGAUAUCAGCCGAGAAGAGGCUCCUCAGUGGCUAGAAAGUGAUUCCUGUCAGAAGUGUGAACAACCUUUCUUCUGGAAUAUAAAGCAAAUGUGGGACACAAAAACGUUAGGGUUGAGGCAGCAUCAUUGCAGAAAAUGUGGGCAAGCAGUAUGUGGCAAGUGCAGUACCAAACGGUCAAGUUACCCAAUCAUGGGAUUUGAGUUCCAGGUCCGUGUCUGUGAUUCCUGUUUUGAGUCAAUCAAGGAUGAAGACCGUACCUCCUUGGCAACCUUUCACGAAGGAAAACACAACAUUUCACACAUGUCUAUGGACAUCUCCAGAGGGCUAAUGGUGACUUGUGGGAGUGACCGGAUUGUGAAGAUCUGGGACAUGACGCCAGUGGUCGGUUGCAGCCUUGCCACUGGCUUCUCUUCACGCUGAUCUCGUACCUGACAGGUUUAUGCACCUUAUGUACAGCAAUAUGCACCGAAUUGAUGGAAUCCUUCUUAAGAAUAUUGCCGCAAACACUGGCUGCUUGAUUCUUCUCCUGCUGCUGUUCCGGGAUGGACAGUCACCUUUGCAGAGCACGGCUGCCGUGUGGGGCUCACCAGGAAUCUCCUUGGUGCCGAAGUCGGUUUUGCAGCCUCUCAGACUAACGUAAAAUGGUUUACCUGCAAUAUGACACCGUGAUGAAGGACCUGUUGUUUCUCAGUUUACAUAUGUAGUGUUAACAACGUGCUAUCUCUGCUGGUAUAUCUUGUACAGAUACCUUGUAGCUAAAACAUUAUCAGAGUAAAAUGAGUGUAGUAAGUUCAAUUUGUGCAAAUAGUAAAAUAAUUUAUUCUCUCUUCCAAAA